AACCCUAGGCUUACUCGCUCACAUUAGGAGUUUCACAACGCAGCUGCGCACAGCACAGUCCUGACCCUCCCAGAAAACCCUAAUCAGCGUAUCGAAUAGUUGGAAUCUCCAAUUCUUGUCUUUAUCUCUUGACCAGAAAAAAUGUGCGAAGCCGUAGAAAUUGAAGAAAGGCCCAAAUACAAAGAUAUCAGACGCUAUUACUGCGAGUACUGCGGUAUCUGCAGAUCCAAAAAAACCCUUAUCACCUCCCACAUCAAUUUGCACCACAAGGAAGAGUAUGAAAAAGCAAGAGCUGAAAGAGAUCCCGAAGCAGAGGCUUCGAAAUCGAACACUUGCGAGGAAUGUGGUGCCACUUUCAAAAAACACGCCUAUUUGUUGCAGCACAUGCAAAGUCAUUCACUUGAGAGGCCAUUUGUGUGUGCUGUCGAUGAUUGUCAGGCAAGUUACAGAAGAAAGGACCACCUGACUCGGCACCUUCUACAGCAUGAAGGGAAGAUUUUUAAGUGCCCUGUUGAGAAUUGCAACAGUGAGUUCUCUUUGCAAAGCAAUAUGAAAAGACAUACUGAGGAGAUUCAUGAUGACAGUUCUACCACUACCAGUAGUGACAAAAGUCACAAACAGCAUAUGUGUCCAGAGAUUGGCUGUGGAAAGGUUUUUAGAUAUGCAUCACAGCUACAAAAACAUGAAGAUUCUCAUGUUAAUUUGGAAUCAGUAGAUAUGGUGUGCUUAGAGCCUGGUUGCUUGAAACAUUUCACUAAUGUCCAGUGCCUUCAAGCCCAUGUGAAGUCCUCCCAUCAGUAUAUGACCUGUGACAUUUGCGGGACAAAGCAACUGAAGAAGAAUAUUAAGCGCCAUCUUCGAUCACAUGAAGCUGAAGGCAGUUCAUCAGAGACCUUUCAAUGCGAGUUUAAGGGUUGCAGCUGCACAUUCUCAAGAAAAUCUAAUCUAGACAAGCAUAAGAAGGCUGUGCACUUUAAUGUAAAGCCUUUUGCGUGUGGGUUUACUGAUUGUGGCAUGAGAUUUGCUUACAAACAUGUGCGAGAUAAUCAUGAAAAAACUGCUAAACAUGUUUUUACCCUUGGGGAUUUUGAAGAAGCUGAUGAAGAGUUCAGGUCAAGGCCGAGGGGAGGAAGGAAGAGAACAUGUCCCACUGUUGAAAUGUUAAUUAGGAAGAGGGUUACCCCACCUAGUCAAUUGGAACAUUGGUUAUUUAUGCAGGAUAGUGAGUAGAGUGCAUUUAGCACUCUGUGCUCCUAAUACUAGUAGGUAAAAUGUAAAUUUAACAUGUUGACACGAGUAUAUAAUAUGUAUACAGUUUGGAUUAUUGUUAACAGAUAUAUAGGAUUUAGGACAACAACGUGUAAUAAUGAUUGAUGCUUAUGAGUUAUGACAGAUUCCAUAGUGUAGCGAAUCUAUUAACCGUUGUACCAAUUUGCAAUUUAAACAACUGCAUUUGUUUAUAAUC